AUCUAUAUUAGUACGGUUACAACUCCUAAUUAAACAACGUCAAUUUGUAAAUUAGUGUAAUUUAUUUGUAGUAAUUUACUAUAAUAUAUCAAAAUGACGAUAUUAUUCAAUACUUUUAUAAUAAUUGUAGUAGUACAAGUGUGUCGAAUUCACGGAUUCCCAAAGUUAAAUAGUUGUCAGCAACGUUACAAGUACUACACGAGAUCAGAUUGGGAAGCCCUUCCAGCAUCAUACGUCACUCCCCUCGUAACACCAGUCCCAAAUGUGGUGAUUCACCAUACAUAUAAACCGGACGCCUGUACCACACACCAAGAAUGCAUUCAAGCUAUGAAAUCCAUGCAAGCGUACCAUCAAAGCCUUGAUUGGGGUGAUAUUGGCUAUAAUUUUUGUGUGGGUAACAGUGGCGAUGUUUAUGAAGGAAGAGGCUGGGAUGUAAAGGGUAUUCAUGCGGGUCCAGCGAAUGGCGUCAGUAUUGGCAUCUGCCUUAUUGGAGAUUGGAGGGUAAAUCAACCACCAGAAGAUAUGUUAGAAGCGACGAAAUCUCUCAUUGAAUCCGGAAUAGAACAAGGAUACAUAAAACCAGACUAUAAGCUAGUGGGACACAAACAAGUGAUGGCCACCGAAUGCCCUGGAACUGCACUUUUCAAUAAUAUAUCUAAAUGGGAUCAUUUUUUCUAAUAAAUUUAGUGUAAUUUAACAAAAUGAUAGAUUAUUUUAAUAGCCAUGAUAAACAUAACUUAUUAU